GUAAUGAAGCUGGAUUGCAGUCGGCGUUUGCGCAUAAAGUGAACUUCUUGACUCUGGGAACAAAGUUUCAGAUAUAAUAGCGACCUUUCCUUAUGCUCCUGUGACCAUCUCAUGCUGGCAUCUCAUAGUUUAUAUCGUGUGGUGUCAGUUACCAUUUUAUUCGUUGGGAAAAAACUGUACCAGUGGCUUUAAGAGCCGAUCAACAGCAACAGAGGGCGUCAGUGAUCAGCUUUGGUUUCAAAUCGGCUGUGAGAGCCUGAGCUUCGCGGUUCAUUUUCAUCAGAAGUGUCUGCAGAAAGAAGGAGGUUUCUACGUGUAAACUGCUCACAGACAGCAAACAAAAAACAGGAAGUCCCGAAGUUACACUGAGUGUUCAAGGACCUGCACAUAAUCAGUCGAUAUGUCGUUGGUUGUGGUCUUCUUCUCCCUUCACGUCUUACUGGCUUCUGGAUUGAAAGAGCUCAGAGUGAGGCCUGGACAAGCUGCCACUCUUCAGUGUUGGGGUCCCAGAGAUGCACACAUCACCCUGCUGGAGUGGAGCAGACCUGAGCUCAUCUCACAGGGUUAUGUGUUCUUCUUCCAAGACCAGCGCUCAUACGAGAACUACCAGCACGAGUCCUUUAAACGCCGAGUGCAGCUGAGAGACUCAUCCAUGAUGGAUGGAGAUGUUACUGUGAUUGUGAGGAACGUCAGGGUCAGUGAUACGGGAAUAUACAAGUGUGAGAUUACAACCAGCAGCACCAGAAAUGACGAGAGAGUCGUCAGCGAGUUCAAGCACUCCAUCAACCUCACAGUCACAGACACAGGUUUCACAGAAGGAGAGUCCAAAGAAAGAGGACACAAGGAUGGAGGAGACAAGAAUCUAUCUUUUUUUAAUUUUGUGUUAAUUCUGUCAUGCGGACUCCUUGGUGUUAUGGUUAUUGUUACUGUAGCUGUAAAUAUCUACAGGAAAAAAAGUUUCUAAAGCUAUGUGUAUCAUCAUAGUAUCAUCUGUAUGUAGCAUUUCUCUUCUCUGAUCCUGUAAUCACAGUUACAACUUACAACAAUGUCAUGUUAGCAAGCAGACGAUACUAACAAAGUUGCUGUGGAUAUCAGAGUCACAAUAUUUUAUUAACACCUAAGAAAAUUAUAUUAGCACUAACCUCACAAAUGUGCUUCUGGAAGAAUGGUCAAAAUUCCCAACACACUCGUAAACCCUGAUAUGAAUAUCUAUCUAUCUAUCUAUCUAGCGUGGGAUAGACCCGCUCGCCUCGCAAGCAAUCGAGCUGUUAUUACCGUUGACAAAGCGCAGGUACACAGCUGCCAUAACCCCCACUGUACACUGACCUCAUUUACUGAGGUUAUAUUUACCGGGUUUUUAUUUCCUGAUGUUCGUAUGUGUCAUACCUGUUUCAGUCGCCAAAUCUGAAUUAUAACUAACAUUAAAAACAUGUUUAAGGAGGAGAGAGAGCAAAUAAAUCCGAUUAACAGCUGAUCUUUGGGUUUUUGUUCAGUAAUCAGCGUGACCUGUGUAUAAACGCAUA